GCCUUUUCCAAUCAACCUUUCCCAUCCACCACGAUGAUUUUGCGACAACGGGUCGCAUACCUUUUUCUCUCCUUAUUCGGGCUGCUUGCCCUCUCUGUGCUGGCUGCCGACCCUACCCACUCGAUAACCUCUUUCCAAAACCUCCCAGGACGACUAUUUUUCUUCGAUGAUACCGAGACGGCAAUAUAUUUUGACCCUGUGGAUGGAAACGUUUACGUUACGCAGGACGAGGGCAAAUCAUGGAAUAUAGCGGCCGACAUACCGAAGGGAGAGGCGACGAUGGUUAUCGAGCAUCCUUUUGACAACCAAUAUGCCUUCGUAUUGACUCGGGGGACACGGCAUUACCGUACGGAAGACAGAGGCAAGACAUGGCGCGCCUUCGACAUGCCCAUUCCGCCAGCCCUUGUCUCGAAGCCGCUUUCUUUCCAUUCAGACCCCAGGAAAUACGGAUAUAUUCUGUACCAAGGGACGUCCUGCGAAAGGAUCGGGUGGGGGAACGUUUGUCACGAUGAGACAUAUUAUACAAAAGAAGCAUUCAGUGACGAAUCCAAGCUCUUACUUAUCGAGACUUCCCGAUGUCAGUUCGCCCACAGCACCGCUGAUUUCAAGCACGAGGGCCCUCCGGACCUUAUCUACUGCGUAGCAUUCGACUCUUCAUCCCUUAGUGGCGCCCACACUCUGUCCUCCAGUAAACUGUUCUCAAGUACUGACUUUUUCAAUGGGGACAUUCGUGUAGAGCAAAUGGGCAUCGGCAACAACGCAAAGGGCGUCAUUGCAUUUGCCAUCGUAUCCAAGUUUGCUGUCGUGGCACUCAAGGACCUGUCUUCCGGAAGCAACGGAGACAUGCUGCUGUACGUCACUGUGGAUACAAAGACGUGGGCAAAAGCACAGUUCCCGCAUGCGUCAUCCGCGCAGCUUAGGGAAAAUGCAUAUACAAUCGUCGAGUCUACAACGCAUUCAUUGGCGAUUGAUGUGGUACUACAGGAUCAAGGAAAGAUCGGGACACUCUUCGUGAGCAACUCGAACGGGACGUUCUUUGUGGAGAGUUUGAAGGAUACCAACCGGAAUGAGGCAGGAUUCGUCGACUACGAGCGGCUGUACGGUGUUGAAGGUGUUGGUCUCGCGAACGUUGUCGCGAAUGCAAACCUCGUGGAGGGUAGCGGUGCAAAGAAGCUGCUCAAGACGCUUAUCACGUUUGACGAUGGUCGGUCGUGGGCCCCCGUUCGAGCUCCAUCUACCAACGUCGAGGGCCAAAGCGUUAACUGCAAUCCGGAUGAUACCAGCAGCUGUUCACUUCAUCUGCACUCUGUCACCACCCCUCACAACUUUGGUCGCAUCUUCUCCUCUCCCGCUCCAGGGCUCAUGAUGGGAGUUGGAAGCAUCGGAGAGACGUUGAGAGACUACGAGGACUGUGACACGUUCCUCAGCACGGACGCUGGCGUGACCUGGAAGAUGGUCCGUCACGACGCUAACAAAUACGAGUUCGGUGAUUCCGGAAGCGUAAUCGUUGCCGUAAACGACGAAGAUGGAAUAGAUUCGGUCUCCUACUCCACUGAUUUCGGACAGACUUGGAAGGAGUACAAUUUUGGUGUCCGCCUUCGAGCACGCGCGCUGACGACCGUUUCGGAUUCGACCUCGCAAAAGUUCCUUCUUGUGGGUCAGGUCGCAAGGAAGGACCAGAGUCAGAGUAUUGGACGAUUCGUGGUUCUCUUCCUUGACUUUGCAGAUACGCGCUCGAGGAAGUGCGAGUCUGGUGACUUCGAGGAGUGGUAUGCGAGGCCUGCUCAGAGUGAGUGUUUGAUGGGACACAAGCAAUGGUACAGGCGUAGAAAGAUGGGCGCAGACUGUUAUGUUGGGGAAAAGUUUACCGACCCCGUCGAGCAUGAGGAGAACUGCGCUUGUGUGGAUGCGGAUUAUGAAUGCGACUUCAAUUUUGUUCGCAAUGGCGAUCAGUGUGUGCCGACUGGUCCUGAACCUAUUGCAGCUGGUACUUGUCCCAAACCAAGCAUGACGUAUAAGGGCUCGUCCGGGUGGAGGAAGAUUCCUGGAAAUACGUGUACGGGCAGCACGAAGGAUGCGCUGAUCGAUAAACCGUGUUCUUCUGCUCAACCUCAGGAGGGUGAAGUUAUCCAUCAGACAUUUGAAUUCCCUGCAGCUAUCGUCCAGCACUCGUACUUCAAAGACUCCACAACAAUUAUUGUUAGGUUGGAAGACAACACAAUCUGGCAAUCAAGCAACGAAGGCUACACGUGGAAUCAGCUAUAUCCCGAGGAGUCAUUCUUGGCGUUCUACCUCCAUCCUUAUAGCGCAGAUCGCGCCUACCUUAUUACGAGCGGUACCAGGUACUACACUACCACCGAUACCGGGCGCUCCUGGAACGCUCUCAACGCACCGACACCACCCAAUACCUUCCGCGCCCAGGUCCUCCGCUUUCAACCCGAUUCGGACAAACUCAUCUGGACCGGGAACAGGAACUGCGAGAACGUCUUCGACGACUGUCACGCCGAAGCACAGUAUACUCGUAAUAACGGACGCAACUGGGAAUUCGUGGAGAGUUAUGUCGUCAACUGUGCCUGGGCGACUGAUACGAAGCUCAACGCUGAUCCGACGGAGAUCAUCUGCGAGUCCUAUCAGACGAAGGGCGGAUCGCAGAGGUUUUUCCAGAGUACUAAUCCAUUGGAAUUGGUCGAGGGACAGCAGUAUUUCAAGAAGAAGAAGAAGCUAUUUAACGAAGUUGUUGGGUUUGCCAAGUUUUCAGAGUUCUUGGUCGUAGCUGAGCUGUUACCUGCGCGUCGUUCCUUAGAUCUGCAGGUGUCGCUUGAUGGUGUCAACUUUGCCACUGGCCUGUUCCCGCCGAGUAUGCACCCGGAGGCCCAUGCUUACACCGUCUUGGAAUCUUCGACUGGGUCACUUUUCUUGCACAUGACGAUUUCCGAGCCGCCAAGUCCAUAUUGGGGUACUAUCCUAAAGUCCAACUCUAACGGAACAUACUUUGGUAUCGCCCUGGAAAAUGUGAACCGUGAUGAUCGCGGAUUCGUCGAUUUCGAAAAGAUAAUUGGUCUCGAUGGAAUUGCUCUCGUGAACGUGGUGUCCAACACGCAACACGCCACUGUCAAUGGCAAGAAAGAGCUACAGUCGAGGAUUACCCAUAACGAUGGGAGUACGUGGAAACCACUCCCGCCUCCGCCGUUGGAUUCGCAAGGAAACAAAUACGAGUGUGACACCACGAACUGCGCUCUUCAUGUACAUGGAUACACCGAACGCACAGAUCCGCGGGCGACGUACAGUAGCCCCUCUAUCGUAGGACUGAUCAUGGCUGUCGGCAACGUUGGAGAAUCUCUCGCGCCCUAUAUCCAGAGUGACACCUUCCUCAGUCGAGAUGCCGGGUUUACUUGGGAGGAGGUGCACAAGGAUGCGCAUCUCUGGGAGUUUGGAGACUCUGGGUCUCUUCUGAUUAUGGCGAACGAUGAAGAGCCCACGGAUCAUGUACUGUUCAGCACUGACGAAGGCAAGAACUGGAGGGAGUAUCGGUUCUCGCAGGAUAAGAUGAGAGUGACGUCCAUUGUUACUGUUCCUGCCGAUACGAGCCGGAGGUUCAUUCUCUUGGCGCAGUAUCCGCGCUCGUUGACGUCUGUUGUGGUACAUCUGGAUUUCAGUGCGUUGACGAGGACGCCUUGUCAACUGAGCGUCGAGGAUCCUGGGCAUGAUGAUUUCGAACUCUGGAGCCCAAGUGAAGAACGAUCGGAGAAAUGCUUGUUUGGCCGUCAGACACUGUACCACCGCCGAGUACGCGAUACGAACUGUGUAGUGGGUAGUCAGCCGAAAGCCAGCGCUCAGGUGGUGAGCAACUGUGCAUGCACGCAGACUGAUUUCGAGUGUGAGUUUAACUAUGUCAAGAACACCAAUGACGAAUGUGUAUUGGUGCCUGGAACGACGCCUCUCCCUGACGACGACUCGUGCAAGAACGACGAGGAGUUUUGGUACGAGAGGACUGCUUAUCGGAAGAUUCCUUACUCGAGCUGUGAGGACGGGCUCAGACCGGAUCGGGGAACGAGGCAUUCAUGUCCCGGAUUCAGAGCACAUGGACCUCUCUUCUGGUGGUUCAUCAUACUGAUUCCGUUCAUGUUCACCGCGCUUGUCGGAUACUGGUACUACCGUCGGAGCGGAAUGGCGAGAGGACAAAUCCGUCUUCCUGGGGAUGGUGGACCGUAUUACGGCGGGAGCAGGGGUGGUGUUAUGGAUACCCUUGCGUCUGUUCCGUGGUUUGUCGUUGGGAUGGCGGGGAUUGCAUGGGAGUGGGUUGCCUCGCAUGUCGAGUCGGCGGGUACUGCUUUCCGUACACGGAGAGGCUAUAGGAAUGUUCCCGUUGAUGAAGAUGCGCAGAUUCUGAGAUUUGAAGAUGAGAGUUGAACUGUCAUUCUAGUGUAUGCUUAGAUUUAUGCUUUCUUUUUUAAAAAAUUUAUUUAGUACACUACUAGUCCUAGUCAGUGGUCAACUUGUAUCAUACUAUCGAGGGCUUGAUGGGCGUAUGCAGUUGUCAUUAGUACCUUGGUUGCACAAUUACAAUCUUUACUUAAUGGUU